AUGCCCUACCAGGAUACGCGAAAAGGCCAAGAUCAGGACCGCCUACAACCAGCGGUCAAGGUAUCACCUGGAACAAGCGGCCCCACAGCCGGCCCUAGGACCGGAAGCCCGGACCCGGCCGAACCCAAGGACGACACGACCAACACUGGACCGUCAAUCUCAGGAAGACCGACCAACCCGGAGCCGGUCCCUGACGAAGAAGGUCCAGAAAAGGCCUAA